AGUAUAAAAAGCAGAGCUUGUGGGCCAGUAAAUCAUUCCACAGCUUCACUGUCUUCGCAGCAGUUACCGGAUAACCAAAACAGUCCACAACCCAAACUUAGAGCCAUGGCCUUCAAGUUCUUCGCUGUUCUCGCCCUCGUUGCGGCCGCUAGUGCUGGUGUCCUUCCCGUCCAGCCCAUCUACCACGCUCCGGCUCCCGCCGUGGCCUACGCCCACGCCCCAGUGGCUGUCGCCCAUGCCCAGCCCGUUCUGGCCAAGGCCACCGACGAGUACGAUCCCCAUCCCCAGUACAAGUACGCCUACGAUGUCCAGGAUGCCAUCUCUGGAGACUCCAAGAGCCAGGUGGAGGAGCGUGACGGCGAUGUGGUCCAUGGCGAGUACUCCCUGAUCGAUGCCGAUGGCUUCAAGCGCAUCGUCCAGUACACCUCCGAUCCCGUCAACGGAUUCAACGCCGUCGUCAACCGUGUGCCCCUCGAGCAUGUGAAGACCGUGGUCAAGACCGUGGCUCCAGUGGCUGUGCCCGUGGCUGCUGCCCCCAUCCCGGUGGCCUACCACCAGCACCACUAAGCCCCCUUGUUGCUGAUCUGUGGAAUCC